AUGGCAGCACAAACGAGUGAGCGAUACCGUGUAUUGAUCAACCAAAACGCUGCUCAUUCCCAAGGAUUCCGCCGGAAGCCGCAGCUGAUCACAUAUCGGAGAAACAGUCGCCCUCUGCCGCUGACUGGCAGCCAGUUUGCUCGAAAGGAUCCUUACGACAUCCCAAGCAGUGAUGAUGAGAUUGGGGCUGAGGAGGCAAAUCAGCAGGCCCAGCGAGCCGUUUCUAAGCGGGAAGAUCCAAGUUCGGAUUCGUCUGCCCUGUCCGAUGCCGAGCUAGUCUCUACAGGCCAGUCUGGGGCCCAAUAUACGGACAGACCCUCUCGCCAGGAAUUUUCAUAUGCUGCGGCUGCUGGUGGCCGCCUAAAGGCUGCCGUGGGAUCGGCACGUGUCCAGAAGGCAGUGACGGGUGUUACACAAGGGUCCAAAGCGAAGUCCACGCACACGGGAAAGGCACCAAGGCGCCCAGUCGCUAUAAUAAAGUCUGCUCGCAAUGCCGUCGAAGUCGCGAGAUCUAAGGCUGCAUCAAAAGUACAUCUACGGAGACUGCCAGUCAGCGAGCUGGUCUGCGUAUCGUCUCUUCCGGACACAGCAGCCAUGCCGGAGCCGGUUAGCAGCGCACCAGCCAUUCAUGUUCAAGAUCCAAUAGUCGACUCUGUAAGUCAAGGCCAGGGUCACCAGGCCCGAAGGUUCCGCUCAAAGCAGCAAUUGAGCGCUCCCGCUUUGAAGCAGAAGUUUCUGCGGCCACAGCGCAGAGGACACUCCUUCACCCUACCAUUUCUGGCAAAUACGACUAACGGCAGGCAAGGGGAUGGCUUCGAAGACACUGAGCGGCUCGUUUCCUACCGCCCGAAGCAAAAGCGCAAACGCAAGUGCACAGCGGCGCUCACUUUUGCAGCUCUCUCGAUCAGCGGCGGGCCGCUGCCUGAAGUGCACUUCGAUCCUGCAUUAAGCGACGUGAAGCUUGAGGUCAGCAGUGCGCCCAUGCCGUACGCGAACUUGAACGACGAAGCGGACCCAGGCAUCCUAGCAAAGGGAUCCGAUGGCCUGGGAUCACAACGAAAGGUGAGCUUGAAUGGACGCACCGAACUCAUCAUGGCCCAGUUGUCGUCAGUCAAAGCACCCGAGCGGCAAUACAGCGACUCCGAGGCGUCUGACGAAGACGACGCGAGCGAGAACGACGACAUGGAGCCGGAUGCAGUUCAGGCCGCGAACGAAGACCAAAUGAACGAAGGCAUGACUGAAGAACAUGAGCCACCAGAGCAAACGCUCUCGCCACGCCAAGGCACCGAAGCACAAUUGAGAGGAGCAAUGGAAGACGUCGAAGAUGUAGUUGACAUGCAAAGCGACGGCGGUGUGACCUGGGACUUCCGCAGAUCGAGGAUGCCAGGCGCCUACCCGAAAAGCAGUCAGUCGCGGAAAGACGUUAACAAAGCUGACAGUGAUGUGUCAUUCGAGUUUCGCAGACACCCGAUGCCUGGCACAUACCCCAGAAGCAGUCACGCAAUGAUCGAGGUCAAUGAAGUCAUUGAGGAGGUUGUAGACCCGACCGUUCGAAUGUCUAACCACGCUGGUUUCGGUAGGAAUCAACUGCUUGGCUACGAUGCUACUAAGACGCUCACAGAAGGGGCUCGGCCACGCCGACUCCGCUCCGUCUUGAAGAAAGGCUCGCAGACAGGCCCUGACAGCUCGUGCAAAGCCGAAGACACCGCAGCCAACACAAGACGCAACAGCACGAUACGUGUCGAAGACAGUCAUUACUUUACUACCGCUACCGACAUGCUACGGGUACCGGACCCCGUGAAGCAUAUCAUUGUACCCCGUCGGCGACCGAGCUAUCUCGACGACGCUAACGUGCAGGUGCCGAACAGUGAAGGCGACGUGCCGGAGACAUCUCAGAUGCCACCUGAUUACACGUAUCAGAGUCAGCUAAAGGCGCUGCGGGAGCAUAUGGCGGGCAUGGCUAUGCCGGAUCCUGCAAUCGACGCGCCAAGAGAUUUGAGGACGUUGAUACGAAGCGUGAGCAGAGGAAAUGGUACGUUGAGUCAGUCGGUCAGAAGGCGACCCAGUCUUCCAUUUCAGUCGCCCACAAAGGUGCGCUAG